AUGUAUCCCAACAAAGAGGAAGUCAGGCAAAAGCAGUCGGAGGUCUGCAUAGAUAAACAAGAAGCUCCUGGACAAACUCAAAGACAAAAAGGAAGUCUACAGAGGGUUGAAGCAAGGACAGGAGGUCAAAUAGGAGGCAAAUUCUCUGGGGGUCUUCUACAAAAACAAAACGUUUCAGCCAAGUUGAACAUCAUCCCAUCAAUGCUGACAAAUCUAAUAGUAACACCCUCAAAUCCUGCUCACAAUGGCCGUGUAUGCAGCACAUGGGGCAACUUCCACUUCAAGACCUUUGAUGGAGACAUAUUCUACUUCCCUGGGCUCUGUAAUUAUGUUUUUGCCUCCCAUUGCAACGCUCCCUAUGAGGACUUCAACAUCCAGAUUAGGCGUGAAGUGGUGGCAAAUGCUCCAACAAUCAACCGUAUCACCAUGAAGCUUGAAGGUGUAGUUGCUGAACUAACAAAGGGUGCUGUCAUGAUCGACAGCAAUAGAGUACAGCUGCCAUAUAGUCAAUCUGGCAUUAUGAUAGAGAAAAGCGGCAUUUACGUGAAAGUUGGCAGCAAAAUCGGUGUUGUGUUAUUAUGGAAUGAAGCUGACAGUAUCCUGCUGGAAUUGAAUGAGAAAUACGCCAAUCAGACUUGUGGACUUUGCGGGGACUUCAAUGGCCUUCCAGUUUACAAUGAGUUCUUUUCAAACAAUAUUAGGAUGUCUGCCUUGCAAUUUGGAAAUAUGCACAAAAUGGAUGGGCCAACGGAACACUGUGAAGACCCCACUUCUGCCCUGCCAUCUAAUUGCUCUGAUAAUCUUGAUGACAUAUGCCAGAAAACGUUGACCAGCUCUGCAUUUGCAGAAUGUAAUGACCUUGUUGAUGUUAGAGAGUACAUUACAGCUUGCCAAGAUGACUUGUGCCGCUCUGAAGAAUCUAAAAACGCCUCAUGUAUUUGUGACACCUUUGCUGAAUACUCCCGGCAGUGUGCUCAUGCUGGUGGGCAGCCCCUGAACUGGAGAACCUCAAAACUGUGCUCCAAGAAGUGUCCUUACAACAUGCAGUACGAGGAGUGCAACUCGCCCUGUGCUGAUACAUGCACAAAUCCUGAACGAUCUCAGUUUUGUGAAGAACACUGUAUUGAUGGCUGUUUCUGCCCCCCAGGGACUGUAUUUGAUGACAUCAACAAUUCUGGCUGCAUUCCCCAACAGCAGUGCUCCUGUAUUUACAAUGGCAACACCUACGCUACAGGAGCUUCUUUUUCAGAGCCAUGCCAGACCUGUACCUGCAAUGGAGGCCAGUGGAGCUGCCAAGACAUGUCAUGCCCAGGAACAUGUUCAGUAGAGGGAGGUUCACACAUUUCCACAUAUGAUAAAAAACGUUAUGAUCACCACGGAGACUGCACCUACGUCCUUUCUAAGGACUGUAAAGAUGAAACAUUCACCAUCUUGGUAGACCUACACAAAUGUGGCCUAACAGACACUGAGACAUGCUUAAAGACAGUGACCCUCAACAUGAACAAAGGACAAACUGUCAUUGAGGUCAGACCUGAUCGUAGUGUGUUUGUGAACUCAAUCUACACCCAGCUGCCCAUGUCAGCAGCUAAUGUCACCAUGUUCAGACCUUCAUCAUUCUUCAUGAUCAUGCAGACAAACUUUGGGGUCCACCUUGAAAUCCAGUUCAUACCUAUAAUGCAAGUGUUUGUGCGACUGGAUCCUAUUUUCAAAGAUCAGACUUGUGGUCUCUGUGGAAACUUCAAUAAUAUCCAAACUGAUGACUUCAAGGUCAUAAGUGGAAUAAUUGAAGGAACAGCAACAGCAUUUGCUAAUACAUGGAAAACUCAGGCUUCAUGCCCCAAUAUCCAGCAGAGUUUUGAGAACCCUUGUGCACUCAGCAUUGAUAAUGAAAAAUACGCUCAGUAUUGGUGUGGACUGCUAACUAACAGCACAGGACCUUUUGCUGAUUGCCACUAUGCAGUGAAUCCCGCUGUUUACCACACGAACUGCAUGUUUGACACAUGUAACUGUGAAAAUAGUGAGGACUGUUUGUGUGCAGCCCUGUCUUCCUAUGUGAGAGCUUGUGCUGCAAAAGGAAUCCAGCUGCAGGGAUGGAGGACUGAUGUCUGCACAAAAUACACCACCUCAUGUCCCAAAUCCCUAAGCUACAGCUAUACCAUCUCUUCCUGUCCACCCACUUGUCGGUCUCUGAGUGAGCCUGAUGUCACAUGCAGCAUUAAGUUUGUCCCAGUUGACGGCUGCACCUGCGUAAAUGGAACUUACAUGGAUGAGAGUGGCAAAUGUGUGCCUGCUACUGAAUGCCCCUGCUACUACAGAGGAUCUCCCAUACCUUUUGGAGAAGUUGUCCAUGAAAAUGGGCAAGUAUGCUCUUGUGUCCAGGGAAGACUGAAUUGCAUUGGAGCACUGAAUCCAACUCCAGUCUGUAAAUCUCCCAUGGUCUACUUUGACUGUAGAAACGUCACCGCAGGAAAAACUGGAGCAGAAUGUCAAAAAAGUUGCCAGACUCUGGAUAUGCAGUGUUAUAGCUCACAAUGUACAUCUGGCUGCAUGUGCCCAAAUGGGCUUGUGUUAGAUGGAAAUGGUGGUUGUAUUCCCGAAGACAAAUGUCCUUGCAUUCACAAUGAAGCCAUGUAUCAGCCUGGGGAAAAGAUCAACUCUGACUGUAACACCUGUGUAUGUAAGAAUAGGAAGUGGGAAUGUACCAAAAAUCAGUGUCUGGGCACUUGUGCUGUUUAUGGAGAUGGUCAUUAUAAUACCUUUGAUGACAAAACGUUCAGCUUCAAUGGAAAUUGUGAAUACACACUAGUGCAGGACCAUUGUGGCUCAGCCAACGGGACCUUCAGGGUUGUCACUGAAAAUAUUCCUUGUGGCAACACUGGGACAACUUGCUCAAAAUCCAUCAAAGUCUUCUUAGAGAGCUAUGAACUGAUACUUGGUGAAGAACAUGUCAGUGUAGUAAAGAGAGGACAAAAUGAUGAGGUGCCAUACAGAAUCCGCUAUAUGGGUAUGUACUUGGUAAUUGAGACCACAAGCGGACUGAUCCUCAUGUGGGACAAGAAAACCAGCAUCUUCAUCAAGCUCAGCCCUGAUUUUAAGGGCCAGAUCUGUGGCCUCUGUGGAAAUUAUGAUGGCAACAGCAUCAAUGACUUUACUACAAGGAGUCAAUCUGUAGUAGAGAAUGUCCUAGAGUUUGGAAACAGCUGGAAAGUAUCCUCUACAUGUCCUGAUGCUAACGACAUCAAGGACCCAUGUUCUACCAACCCUUACCGAAAGUCCUGGUCAGAGAAGCAGUGUAGCAUCAUCAACAGCAAUGUCUUUGCUGCCUGUCACUCUCAGGUUGAACCAGCAAAAUAUUACCAAGCAUGUGUGACAGAUGCUUGUGCCUGUGACACUGGAGGAGACUGUGAUUGCUUCUGUACAGCAGUAGCUGCCUAUGCCCAAGCAUGCAGUGAAGUUGGUGUAUGCGUAGCCUGGAGAAGCCCAUCCAUUUGUCCACUGUUCUGUGAUUACUACAAUCAACAAGGAGAAUGUGAAUGGCACUAUAAGCCUUGUGGAGCCUCCUGUAUGAAGACCUGUAGGAACCCAAGUGGAAAAUGCCUCAAUGACUUGCCAGGUUUAGAAGGCUGCUACCCUAACUGCCCACCAGACAAGCCAUAUUUCCAUGAGGAUCAGAUGAAGUGUGUUAGUCUCUGUGACUGUUAUGAUGAUGAAGAUGGAAAGAUAUAUAAACGAGAUGAAUGUAAUAUAUGUGAGUGCACAUCAGAAGGUUUACAGUGCAAGUUUGAUGAUAAAGCUUGCCACUGCAUUUAUGAAGGAAAUAGCUAUAAAUAUGGUGAACUCAUCUAUAACACCACGGAUGGAACUGGAUGGUGUUUCAGUGCAACAUGCGAUGCCAAUGGAACAAUAAGCAGAAACAUCUUUAAAUGUGGCAUUUUUACAACAACCCCAUUUACAUUUUCUACAACUAUAGAGCACAUUACUACCAAUUGAAGUGCAACACCAGUGACAACUGUAUGUGUGAAAAAUGUGUGUACCUGGUCAGAAUGGUAUGAUUCUACUCAGCCUGAAAACAAAGAGGACAGUGGAGAUUAUGAAACAUUUGAAAGUCUCAAAGAAAAAGGAUACAGUGUGUGUACAAACCCUAAUGGUGUUCAAUGCAGAGCCAAAGAACACCCGGAUACAGAAAUUAACCACCUUAACCAAACAAUACAGUGUAGUCAAAGCAGAGGAUUAAUAUGCAAUAACCAGGACCAAGAAUCUAAGCAGUGCUAUAAUUAUGAAAUCAGAAUAUCAUGCUGCAGAUACAUACCAUGUUCUGAAAUACAACCUACAACACCAAUAACCACAAAAGAAUUCACAACUACUGCUGUAGAAUCAACACAAUUCACAGUCCCAACAUCCACACCAACAGUGCCCAACCCAGCCACUAGCACUGCCCGCAGCUCUACAACCACCACUGGCAGCACAGAAACCCCUACAGCAGCAACCCUUCCAAAUGUAUUAUCCACUAUUGCUAUUCAAACAACAGUAUCAUCCACUACUGCUUCCACAACUCCCGAAGCAAAAAUAAGAAGCACCGCUGGCACCACGGCUGUCCCCACUACCACACGCACGACAAAAGAAGGCACAACUGUCAUCGCAACCACCAUCAGGACCUCUCCCCCUCAGACUGAAGGCACAACCACCAUCAUCGUCACACCCACACCAACAGUUCCCACGUCAGCAAUCACCAUUAUUGCCAGCACUUCCAAGACCACAGACAACUGUGAGGAGCGCUGUGCCUGGACACAGUGGUUUGAUGUGGACUCCCCUACACCUGGUAACCAAAAUGGAGACUUUGAGACAUUUGAAAAUAUCCGAGCUGCUGGUUAUUCACUGUGCGACAAGCCACAAAACAUCAAGUGCCGUGCUAAAGAUUACCCUGACAGAAUUGUGCAAAUAAUGGAACAAAAAUUUCAGUGCAGCCUUGACACUGGGCUUGUAUGCAGAAAUAACGAUCAGACUGUCAAGUACCCGAUGUGCUUUGACUAUGAGGUCUCAGUGCUCUGCUGUGACCGUAAACACUGCCAGACAACAUCAGCAAUCCCAGAGACCACAGUAAGGACCUCCACCACAUACUACCCUCCAGGAACCGCCACAGCAGCAACCCAAACUGCACCAUUAACAACUACUCCCUCAGCACUUCCCCAACGAGAAACGACAACUGGAAGCACAACAGCUGCGCUGAGGACCAGUGCCCAGACAAAUGAAGGCACCACCACCAUCAUCACACCGACACCAACAGUGCCCACACCUGCCACCAGCACAGCCAGCACCUCCAGGACCACAGUGGGAAGCACCACAACACCCUCAGCCAAAACUGCUCCAGGAGAAACCUCCACUGUGGCAACCCAGGCUCCAACUUCUGCCACAACCGCUUCCAGAACUCCUGAAGAAAAAAUAAGAAGCACCGCUGGCACCACGGCUGUCCCCAGUACCGCACGCACGACAAAAGAAGGCACGACUGUCAUCGCAACCACCACCAGGACCUCUCCCCCUCAGACUGAAGGCACAACCACCAUCAUCGUCACACCCACACCAACAGUGCCCACACCAGCCACCAGCACAGCCAGCACCUCCAGGACCACAGUGGGAAGCACCACAACACCCUCAGCCAAAACUGCUCCAGGAGAAACCUCCACUGUGGCAACCCAGGCUCCAACUUCUGCCACAACCGCUUCCAGAACUCCUGAACAAAAAAUAAGAAGCACCGCUGGCACCACGGCUGUCCCCAGUACCGCACGCACGACAAAAGAAGGCACGACCAUCAUCGCAACCACCACCAGGACCUCUCCCCCUCAGACUGAAGGCACAACCACCAUCAUCGUCACACCCACACCAACAGUGCCCACACCAGCCACCAGCACAGCCAGCACCUCCAGGACCACAGUGGGAAGCACCACAACACCCUCAGCCAAAACUGCUCCAGGAGAAACCUCCACUGUGGCAACCCAGGCUCCAACUUCUGCCACAACCGCUUCCAGAACUCCUGAAGAAAAAAUAAGAAGCACCGCUGGCACCACGGCUGUCCCCAGUACCGCACGCACGACAAAAGAAGGCACGACCGUCAUCGCAACCACCACCAGGACCUCUCCCCCUCAGACUGAAGGCACAACCACCAUCAUCGUCACACCCACACCAACAGUGCCCACACCAGCCACCAGCACAGCCAGCACCUCCAGGACCACAGUGGGAAGCACCACAACACCCUCAGCCAAAACUGCUCCAGGAGAAACCUCCACUGUGGCAACCCAGGCUCCAACUUCUGCCACAACCGCUUCCAGAACUCCUGAAGAAAAAAUAAGAAGCACCGCUGGCACCACGGCUGUCCCCAGUACCGCACGCACGACAAAAGAAGGCACGACUGUCAUCGCAACCACCACCAGGACCUCUCCCCCUCAGACUGAAGGCACAACCACCAUCAUCGUCACACCCACACCAACAGUGCCCACACCAGCCACCAGCACAGCCAGCACCUCCAGGACCACAGUGGGAAGCACCACAACACCCUCAGCCAAAACUGCUCCAGGAGAAACCUCCACUGUGGCAACCCAGGCUCCAACUUCUGCCACAACCGCUUCCAGAACUCCUGAAGAAAAAAUAAGAAGCACCGCUGGCACCACGGCUGUCCCCAGUACCGCACGCACGACAAAAGAAGGCACGACUGUCAUCGCAACCACCACCAGGACCUCUCCCCCUCAGACUGAAGGCACAACCACCAUAAUUGUCACACCCACACCAACAGUGCCCACACCAGCCACAAGCACAGCCAGCACCUCCAGGACCACAGUGGGAAGCACCACAACACCCUCAGCCAAAACUGCUCCAGGAGAAACCUCCACUGUGGCAACCCAGGCUCCAACUUCUGCCACAACUACUUUCAGAACUCCUGAACAAAAAAUAAGAAGCACCGCUGGCACCACGGCUGUCCCCACUACCACACGCACGACAAAAGAAGGCACGACCGUCAUCGCAACCACCACCAGGACCUCUCCCCCUCAGACUGAAGGCACAACCACCAUCAUCGUCACACCCACACCAACAAUGCCCACACCAGCCACCAGCACAGCCAGCACCUCCAGGACCACAGUGGGAAGCACCACAACACCCUCAGCCAAAACUGCUCCAGGAGAAACCUCCACUGUGGCAACCCAGGCUCCAACUUCUGCCACAACCGCUUCCAGAACUCCUGAAGAAAAAAUAAGAAGCACCGCUGGCACCACGGCUGUCCCCAGUACCGCACGCACGACAAAAGAAGGCACGACUGUCAUCGCAACCACCACCAGGACCUCUCCCCCUCAGACUGAAGGCACAACCACCAUCAUCGUCACACCCACACCAACAGUGCCCACACCAGCCACAAGCACAGCCAGCACCUCCAGGACCACAGUGGGAAGCACCACAACACCCUCAGCCAAAACUGCUCCAGGAGAAACCUCCACUGUGGCAACCCAGGCUCCAACUUCUGCCACAACCGCUUCCAGAACUCCUGAAGAAAAAAUAAGAAGCACCGCUGGCACCACGGCUGUCCCCAGUACCGCACGCACGACAAAAGAAGGCACGACCGUCAUCGCAACCACCACCAGGACCUCUCCCCCUCAGACUGAAGGCACAACCACCAUCAUCGUCACACCCACACCAACAGUGCCCACACCAGCCACAAGCACAGCCAGCACCUCCAGGACCACAGUGGGAAGCACCACAACACCCUCAGCCAAAACUACUCCAGGAGAAACCUCCACUGUGGCAACCCAGGCUCCAACUUCUGCCACAACCGCUUCCAGAACUCCUGAAGAAAAAAUAAGAAGCACCGCUGGCACCACGGCUGUCCCCAGUACCGCACGCACGACAAAAGAAGGCACGACUGUCAUCGCAACCACCACCAGGACCUCUCCCCCUCAGACUGAAGGCACAACCACCAUCAUCGUCACACCCACACCAACAGUGCCCACACCAGCCACCAGCACAGCCAGCACCUCCAGGACCACAGUGGGAAGCACCACAACACCCUCAGCCAAAACUGCUCCAGGAGAAACCUCCACUGUGGCAACCCAGGCUCCAACUUCUGCCACAACCGCUUCCAGAACUCCUGAAGAAAAAAUAAGAAGCACCGCUGGCACCACGGCUGUCCCCAGUACCGCACGCACGACAAAAGAAGGCACGACUGUCAUCGCAACCACCACCAGGACCUCUCCCCCUCAGACUGAAGGCACAACCACCAUCAUCGUCACACCCACACCAACAGUGCCCACACCAGCCACAAGCACAGCCAGCACCUCCAGGACCACAGUGGGAAGCACCACAACACCCUCAGCCAAAACUGCUCCAGGAGAAACCUCCACUGUGGCAACCCAGGCUCCAACUUCUGCCACAACCGCUUCCAGAACUCCUGAAGAAAAAAUAAGAAGCACCGCUGGCACCACGGCUGUCCCCAGUACCGCACGCACGACAAAAGAAGGCACGACCGUCAUCGCAACCACCACCAGGACCUCUCCCCCUCAGACUGAAGGCACAACCACCAUCAUCGUCACACCCACACCAACAGUGCCCACACCAGCCACAAGCACAGCCAGACCUCCAGGACCACAAACUCCUGAAGAAAAAAUAAGAAGCACCGCUGGCACCACGGCUGUCCCCAGUACCGCACGCACGACAAAAGAAGGCACGACCGUCAUCGCAACCACCACCAGGACCUCUCCCCCUCAGACUGAAGGCACAACCACCAUCAUCGUCACACCCACACCAACAGUGCCCACACCAGCCACAAGCACAGCCAGCACCUCCAGGACCACAGUGGGAAGCACCACAACACCCUCAGCCAAAACUGCUCCAGGAGAAACCUCCACUGUGGCAACCCAGGCUCCAACUUCUGCCACAACCGCUUCCAGAACUCCUGAAGAAAAAAUAAGAAGCACCGCUGGCACCACGGCUGUCCCCAGUACCGCACGCACGACAAAAGAAGGCACGACUGUCAUCGCAACCACCACCAGGACCUCUCCCCCUCAGACUGAAGGCACAACCACCAUCAUCGUCACACCCACACCAACAGUGCCCACACCAGCCACCAGCACAGCCAGCACCUCCAGGACCACAGUGGGAAGCACCACAACACCCUCAGCCAAAACUGCUCCAGGAGAAACCUCCACUGUGGCAACCCAGGCUCCAACUUCUGCCACAACCGCUUCCAGAACUCCUGAACAAAAAAUAAGAAGCACCGCUGGAACCACGGCUGUCCCCAGUACCGCACGCACGACAAAAGAAGGCACGACCGUCAUCGCAACCACCACCAGGACCUCUCCCCCUCAGACUGAAGGCACAACCACCAUCAUCGUCACACCCACACCAACAGUGCCCACACCAGCCACAAGCACAGCCAGCACCUCCAGGACCACAGUGGGAAGCACCACAACACCCUCAGCCAAAACUGCUCCAGGAGAAACCUCCACUGUGGCAACCCAGGCUCCAACUUCUGCCACAACCGCUUCCAGAACUCCUGAACAAAAAAUAAGAAGCACCGCUGGCACCACGGCUGUCCCCAGUACCGCACGCACGACAAAAGAAGGCACGACUGUCAUCGCAACCACCACCAGGACCUCUCCCCCUCAGACUGAAGGCACAACCACCAUCAUCGUCACACCCACACCAACAGUGCCCACACCAGCCACCAGCACAGCCAGCACCUCCAGGACCACAGUGGGAAGCACCACAACACCCUCAGCCAAAACUGCUCCAGGAGAAACCUCCACUGUGGCAACCCAGGCUCCAACUUCUGCCACAACCGCUUCCAGAACUCCUGAAGAAAAAAUAAGAAGCACCGCUGGCACCACGGCUGUCCCCAGUACCGCACGCACGACAAAAGAAGGCACGACCGUCAUCGCAACCACCACCAGGACCUCUCCCCCUCAGACUGAAGGCACAACCACCAUCAUCGUCACACCCACACCAACAGUGCCCACACCAGCCACCAGCACAGCCAGCACCUCCAGGACCACAGUGGGAAGCACCACAACACCCUCAGCCAAAACUGCUCCAGGAGAAACCUCCACUGUGGCAACCCAGGCUCCAACUUCUGCCACAACCGCUUCCAGAACUCCUGAACAAAAAAUAAGAAGCACCGCUGGCACCACGGCUGUCCCCAGUACCGCACGCACGACAAAAGAAGGCACGACCGUCAUCGCAACCACCACCAGGACCUCUCCCCCUCAGACUGAAGGCACAACCACCAUCAUCGUCACACCCACACCAACAGUGCCCACACCAGCCACAAGCACAGCCAGCACCUCCAGGACCACAGUGGGAAGCACCACAACACCCUCAGCCAAAACUACUCCAGGAGAAACCUCCACUGUGGCAACCCAGGCUCCAACUUCUGCCACAACCGCUUCCAGAACUCCUGAAGAAAAAAUAAGAAGCACCGCUGGCACCACGGCUGUCCCCAGUACCGCACGCACGACAAAAGAAGGCACGACUGUCAUCGCAACCACCACCAGGACCUCUCCCCCUCAGACUGAAGGCACAACCACCAUCAUCGUCACACCCACACCAACAGUGCCCACACCAGCCACCAGCACAGCCAGCACCUCCAGGACCACAGUGGGAAGCACCACAACACCCUCAGCCAAAACUGCUCCAGGAGAAACCUCCACUGUGGCAACCCAGGCUCCAACUUCUGCCACAACCGCUUCCAGAACUCCUGAAGAAAAAAUAAGAAGCACCGCUGGCACCACGGCUGUCCCCAGUACCGCACGCACGACAAAAGAAGGCACGACUGUCAUCGCAACCACCACCAGGACCUCUCCCCCUCAGACUGAAGGCACAACCACCAUCAUCGUCACACCCACACCAACAGUGCCCACACCAGCCACAAGCACAGCCAGCACCUCCAGGACCACAGUGGGAAGCACCACAACACCCUCAGCCAAAACUGCUCCAGGAGAAACCUCCACUGUGGCAACCCAGGCUCCAACUUCUGCCACAACCGCUUCCAGAACUCCUGAACAAAAAAUAAGAAGCACCGCUGGCACCACGGCUGUCCCCAGUACCGCACGCACGACAAAAGAAGGCACGACCGUCAUCGCAACCACCACCAGGACCUCUCCCCCUCAGACUGAAGGCACAACCACCAUCAUCGUCACACCCACACCAACAGUGCCCACACCAGCCACAAGCACAGCCAGGACCUCCAGGACCACAGUGGGAAGCACCACAACACCCUCAGCCAAAACUACUCCAGGAGAAACCUCCACUGUGGCAACCCAGGCUCCAACUUCUGCCACAACCGCUUCCAGAACUCCUGAAGAAAAAAUAAGAAGCACCGCUGGCACCACGGCUGUCCCCAGUACCGCACGCACGACAAAAGAAGGCACGACCGUCAUCGCAACCACCACCAGGACCUCUCCCCCUCAGACUGAAGGCACAACCACCAUCAUCGUCACACCCACACCAACAGUGCCCACACCAGCCACAAGCACAGCCAGCACCUCCAGGACCACAGUGGGAAGCACCACAACACCCUCAGCCAAAACUGCUCCAGGAGAAACCUCCACUGUGGCAACCCAGGCUCCAACUUCUGCCACAACCGCUUCCAGAACUCCUGAAGAAAAAAUAAGAAGCACCGCUGGCACCACGGCUGUCCCCAGUACCGCACGCACGACAAAAGAAGGCACGACCGUCAUCGCAACCACCACCAGGACCUCUCCCCCUCAGACUGAAGGCACAACCACCAUCAUCGUCACACCCACACCAACAGUGCCCACACCAGCCACAAGCACAGCCAGCACCUCCAGGACCACAGUGGGAAGCACCACAACACCCUCAGCCAAAACUGCUCCAGGAGAAACCUCCACUGUGGCAACCCAGGCUCCAACUUCUGCCACAACCGCUUCCAGAACUCCUGAAGAAAAAAUAAGAAGCACCGCUGGCACCACAGCUGUCCCCAGUACCGCACGCACGACAAAAGAAGGCACGACUGUCAUCGCAACCACCACCAGGACCUCUCCCCCUCAGACUGAAGGCACAACCACCAUCAUCGUCACACCCACACCAACAGUGCCCACACCAGCCACAAGCACAGCCAGCACCUCCAGGACCACAGUGGGAAGCACCACAACACCCUCAGCCAAAACUGCUCCAGGAGAAACCUCCACUGUGGCAACCCAGGCUCCAACUUCUGCCACAACCGCUUCCAGAACUCCUGAAGAAAAAAUAAGAAGCACCGCUGGCACCACGGCUGUCCCCAGUACCGCACGCACGACAAAAGAAGGCACGACCGUCAUCGCAACCACCACCAGGACCUCUCCCCCUCAGACUGAAGGCACAACCACCAUCAUCGUCACACCCACACCAACAGUGCCCACACCAGCCACAAGCACAGCCAGCACCUCCAGGACCACAGUGGGAAGCACCACAACACCCUCAGCCAAAACUGCUCCAGGAGAAACCUCCACUGUGGCAACCCAGGCUCCAACUUCUGCCACAACUGCUUCCAGAACUCCUGAAGAAAAAAUAAGAAGCACCGCUGGCACCACGGCUGUCCCCAGUACCGCACGCACGACAAAAGAAGGCACAACUGUCAUCGCAACCACCACCAGGACCUCUCCCCAUCAGACUGAAGGCACAACCACCAUCAUCGUCACACCCACACCAACAGUUCCCACGUCAGCAAUCACCAUUAUUGCCAGCACUUCCAAGACCACAGACAACUGUGAGGAGCGCUGUGCCUGGACACAGUGGUUUGAUGUGGACUCCCCUACACCUGGUAACCAAAAUGGAGACUUUGAGACAUUUGAAAAUAUCCGAGCUGCUGGUUAUUCACUGUGCGACAAGCCACAAAACAUCAAGUGCCGUGCUAAAGAUUACCCUGACAGAAUUGUGCAAAUAAUGGAACAAAAAUUUCAGUGCAGCCUUGACACUGGGCUUGUAUGCAGAAAUAACGAUCAGACUGUCAAGUACCCGAUGUGCUUUGACUAUGAGGUCUCAGUGCUCUGCUGUGACCGUAAACACUGCCAGACAACAUCAGCAAUCCCAGAGACCACAGUAAGGACCUCCACCACAUACUACCCUCCAGGAACCGCCACAGCAGCAACCCAAACUGCACCAUUAACAACUACUCCCUCAGCACUUCCCCAACGAGAAACGACAACUGGAAGCACAACAGCUGCGCUGAGGACCAGUGCCCAGACAAAUGAAGGCACCACCACCAUCAUCACACCGACACCAACAGUGCCCACACCAGCCACCAGCACAGCCAGCACCUCCAGGACCACAGUGGGAAGCAUCACAACACCCUCAGCCAAAACUGCUCCAGGAGAAACCUCCACUGUGGCAACCCAGGCUCCAACUUCUGCCACAACCACUUCCACAACUCCCGAAGCAAAAAUAAGAAGCACCGCUGGCACCACAGCUGUCCCCAGUACCACUGUUACUCAGUCUGGAAGCAGCAGCACCAUAGGUGUUAUUGAAAUUGUUUCUUCUACUGUAGAAAGUGUGCCUACCACUGUUUUUCCCAGAACGUUUAGUCCCACAGUCAGUCCAGUUGCUACAACUGGUACAUCACAAUCAAGUCAUAUUACAACAAGCACUUCUGCAAUAUUCAGUUCUUCCACCAGCACAUCUGUGACAACAGAAGCCAGUACCCAUGCUGCGUCCAGCAGAGUAACUCCAUGCUUUUGUCAUGUGUUUGAUACUUUAUUUUCUCCUGGCGAAGUGGUAUACAACAGAACAGACAGAGCUGGCUGUAAUUUUUAUGCAAUUUGCAGCAAAGAAUGUGAAAUUGAGCCAUUCCAGGGGCCGUGUCCUUUGACAACUCCUGUCCCUUCAGUCGCUUCAACAACUACAACACAAGGCACCUCAUCCACAGAUCACAUAUUGUCUUCUGCCUCCCCAACCACAGCAACAUCCCUCACAACUUCAGCAGAAAGAAACUGUACUGAUGUCAAUCCUCCACGAAAGGUGGUUCCCCUCCUUACUUUCUAA